AUGUCAGAAUUGACAAUCCAAGCGGUGUUGCAUAUCAAUCAUCCAGUAGGUUCCGCCUCGAGGAGAACAUGGUUGUGGCCCCUAGGGACCCCACUCUGGCUCGCUAUUGGAGUAUUUGUCCAGUCCACCACCUUGGGGAUGGCGACCGAUGGACUGUUUGAUGGGGGUCUCUGCCAAAGAAGUAACUUCCGGACCACGCGUGGGAAGAGUCGCCAACCCGGUACAAGCUUGAGCAUAGGUAUCUGCGAUAAGCUGUCCAAGGUUUGCAAAAAUGUAUUAAUGACGAUAAUUCCACAGUCCGGAUCCGAGCUUCAGAACAGAUACGCGAAGUAUAGUCACCACUACGAUCGUCGCAAAGAGGAAGAUAAAUCGACAAACACCGACACAUCUCUCGGCAGCGCUCGCUCAAUCAUGCGCCGCGAUGCAUGA